CGCUCCCUUUUCAGCUGAAACCUCAAAAUUUUGGUACACCAUUUCGUGUGAGAGAUUCAGAUUUGGAUAACGCAAAAAUGGUUAUUUCGUUGUUGCUCUUGUUUCCACCGCCAUCUUCCUUUUUCGUGACCGUGAUGUCGAUAUUAAGCUGUGUAUCGCUCGCAAAUGGUGGAUUCAUGGAAGCAAAAGGCAAACAUAUGCAGUAUUCCAAGUUCUUCAACGUCUCAAACAAACCAAAUGAUCAGCUGAUUAAGUUGCCUAGUAGAACCGGUAUGCUUAUAGUCUAUACGCCAGCACUCCUUGCAGGCCUUUCUUAUUCAGCCAUUUUUCCUUAUCGAGAUCUUCGAAUCGUGAUGCUUGUCUCUGUUCUCACCAUUCAUUUCUUCAAAAGGGUCAAUGAGGUGUUAUUCGUUCACAAAUAUAGCGGUUCCAUGGCACUGGAUGCUGCCAUAUCUAUUGGUUUAAGCUACACCAUCAGUGCCAUGACAAUGAUUUAUGCUCAAUACUUAUCUCGAGAAUUUCGUGAGCCUGCAAUCGAUCUCAAAUACAUUGGAAUUGCAUUGUUCUUAAUCGGAAUCGUUGGAAGCUUUUAUCAUCAUAACAUUCUUUCUAAUCUAAGAAAGAAGGGUGAUAGAGAGUACCGUCUCCCGAAAGGAGGAUUGUUUGAUUUGGUUAUAUGCCCACAUUAUCUCUUCGAGAUUGUAGAGUUCAUAGGAGUCUCUUGCAUUGCUCAAACAACGUACACGUUUUCUUUCACUCUCGGCACGAUGUUUUACUUGACGGGAAGGAGUUACGCGACACAAGAAUGGUACCGUUCAAAGUUUGGGGAGAGUUUUAACAAGGAUGUCAAGGCUUUAAUUCCCUAUACUUUUUAAAUCAUAAAGUUAUAUGCGUAGCUAUAUAAAUACCAUUUAGUUUAGAACGAAAACUUGUAACUUUGUCAUCGUUGGUUCUUUCGAAGAACUAUUAUAAUUAAUAAGUUAAAAUUGGUGGA